UGGGUGCAGUGGUUCACCUUCUCUCAGUUUCCCCUCUCUUUUGACUAUGUGGCAGGGAUUUUUCUUGUCUUUAAACAUUUUAACGAGGCGAACGUGAGAAAGACGAGACACUUCUGCGUUUGGAUAAGACGAUUUCUGACGGAAGACAACCUAAAGACUAAUUGGUGUGAUUCUCUCUCAGGGGACGUCUUCUUCAAUUCAGAGACAGCGACAGUCGCAACGUGAUACUGGGGAAGGGCUCUGGUCAGACUGAAGUGAAGGGUCACUGAGCUCAGACACUCUCCUUCCACUGACUCACAAUUAUACACACACACACACACACACAUCCAGGGGAAAGUCACAAAAACAGACACAGCCAAACAAGGACACUUACUCACAUUUACACUCAUAGACUCUUGACUACACACACGUACACACACACAAAGACUCAUUCGUGCACAAACACAGACCCACAUUCACGAACAGGCCCUCUGAGCAGGAUGAGGGAACCCUGGAGGUGCCUGCUGGGCCUGUGCCUCCUGGCAUGCUCAGUCUCCACCCACAGUGCCGCCAAUCCCUUUGCAGGACAGCAGACCCCUCCAGACCCUUGCUAUGACGACACAGGUGCAGCCCGCCGCUGCAUCCCCGAGUUUAUCAAUGCUGCCUUUGGCAAGGAGGUGACGGUGUCCAGCGUCUGUGGCCGGCCUCCAUCCCGUUCCUGUAGUGUGGUGGAGCGGGGCGACGAUCGGCCUUCUGUACGCACAUGUCAAAUCUGUGACGCAGCUGACCCUCGCCGCGCCCACCCAGCUUCCUACCUCACCGACCUCAACUCGGCCCAUAACCUCACCUGCUGGCAGUCUGAGAAUCUGAACAUCUCUCCGUACAAUGUGACUCUCACUCUUUCAUUGGGUAAAAAGUUUGAGAUCACCUACGUCAGCCUGCAGUUCUGUUCACCACGACCUGAGUCCCUGGCCAUAUACAAGAGCAUGGACUACGGCAAAACCUGGAUGCCCUACCAGUUCUACUCUUCACAGUGCCGGCGUAUGUACAAUCGGCCCAACAAAGCAACCAUUACCAAGCAGAACGAGCAGGAGGCUCUAUGCACAGAUGGCCACACUGACCUCUACCCGCUCUCUGGAGGACUCAUUGCUUUCAGCACUCUGGAUGGACGGCCCUCUGGUAAAGACUUUGACAACAGCCCAGUCCUCCAGGACUGGGUGACCGUCACCGAUAUCCGUGUGGUUUUCAACCGGCCCCAGUUACCGCGGGAGCUCGGGCUGGGGGCUGGAAGCAACAGCGGAGGGAGGGACGAUGACCCCAUGGCAGUGACAUCAACGCUGCCAACUUAUUUCUAUGCAGUGGGAGACUUCCAGGUGGGCGGGAGGUGUAAAUGCAAUGGACAUGCCUCACGCUGUCUGAAAGACAAGGAAGGCAAACUGGUGUGUGACUGCAAACACAACACAGAAGGACCUGAAUGUGACCGCUGCAAGCCCUUUCACUACGACCGACCGUGGCAGAGGGCCAACGCCCGCGAGGCCAAUGAGUGUCUGCCGUGCAACUGUAACCUUCAUGCGCGCCGCUGUCGAUUCAACAUGGAGCUGUACAAGCUGUCAGGGAGGAAGAGCGGAGGCGUCUGCAUGAACUGCCGCCACAACACUGCCGGACGCCACUGCCACUACUGUAAGGAGGGCUUUUACAGAGACAUGGCCAGACCCAUCACUCACCGCCGAGCCUGCAAAGCCUGUGACUGCCACCCUGUGGGCGCAGCAGGCAAGACGUGCAACCAGACCACAGGCCAGUGCCCCUGCAAGGACGGUGUCACCGGCAUAACCUGCAACCGCUGCGCCAAGGGCUACCAGCAGAGCCGCUCACCUGUGGCCCCCUGCAUCAAAAUCCCAGUGGUCAACCCCACAGCUGUGGUGAGCAGCACAGAGGAACCAGCAGAUUGUGAAUCCUAUUGUAAACCAGUGAAGGGCAACCUGAAGAUCAACAUGAAGAAAUAUUGCAAGAAAGAUUAUGCGGUCCAAGUGAACGUUCUGGACAUGGAGACGGUGGGGGACUGGGCCAAGUUCUCUGUUAGCGUGGUGUCUGUGUACAAGAGCCGCGGCGAGCCUUUGAAGCGAGGUGACAACAUCCUGUGGGUGCACAUGAAGGACCUAGCCUGCAAAUGUCCCAAGAUCCAGAUGAGCAAACGAUUCUUGGUGAUGGGCGGCAGUGACGGUGGAACGGGCACGGGGGCGGGUCCAGGGGUCGGGCCCGGGGGUGGAGCCACCAGUCCAGGGGCGGAGCGUGUGGGCCUGGUGGCUGAUAAGAACAGCCUGGUGAUCCAGUGGAGGGACGUUUGGACGAGACGUCUGAGAAAGUUCCAGCGCAAAGAGAAGAAGGGGAAGUGCAGCAAAGCGUGAUGGGAAAGCAGCGUCCCCCCCCCCCCCCUCCCCAUCACCCACCUUCAUGAACCCUGACCCAGUGAACUCCCCCUCCUUCCCCUGAAUCCUUCCUCCUCCCCAUCACAGGAACACUGCGCAUUACAAAGACUGCAUGUACCCUCCCUGUUUUAAGGACCACAUUUUGUGUAUAUUGUAUAAUUAUUUUCCUUUUUAUUUUUCAAGUUUUGUCUUUGUUACGUCACUUGUCUUUUUGUCCAUUGGUUUGCCUUAAAAAGGGACCAUUAAAAAGGGUAUGAAGUGUAGACAAAAGCAGACGCCAUUCCCUUCUUCAACGACGACAGCGGUAAUGUCCACUCGUCCCUCAACUACAAUCCCCCGACUCCCAGUGUCGUCCUCCUGACAAGACUGUCUCCUGCCACUUCGUUUCAGUACUCACAUAUAAGACUAGCAGUGCUCACACUUCACAUCUUCACGUCUGAGGAUUUUAUUCAACAGUGUUUGUCACUUCAGAGACUGACUAAUAUCAGCAACAAGACGAGCUGCACACCCUCAGCUUGGCUUCCUCACGUUUCAUUGUUGAAACAAACUCAACUUGGAUCAGCACAAGCUGGUGCACCUGACAACCUUUCAACAUUUGCUGUUAAAAUGUUCAUUAAAAUGGGCCUACUUGCUCCAGGUCUUUGCAGUAACUUCUACAGACAGUAACUGAAAAAAAAAAAAAAAAAACAAACAAAAAAAAAAAAAAAAACUCUUGUCCUGUGAGGAACCAAGGGCUCCCUUUGCAGGGACAUUUUCCACAGCAAACCUCAGUCUCACCACCACUGCUGCUGCCACCAGACAGCCCUCACAGAAUAAACUGAUCGUGUAGGCUCUUAUAUCAAGUAUUUGAUGCCACUGCUCGUAAUAGAGUUCAUAUUCUUCAUGUGGUUAUUUGUUAUCUCAUCCAUCCAUAUCUCAUCCAUAUCCUUAUUUCAGAUACUGUGUAUGCUGUUGUUUCAUUUAUGCUGAACAAAGCCUGCUGGCAUGUGUGAGUCACAUUCCAGGCCUCUAGAGCUGUGCGUCUAGUCCCUCUCAUGAGUGGUUUAUAAAGUCAUGCAUCACCAUCAUGACUCAUUGCUUGUCACUUUUUCUGGAAGAAAGAUUAAGCGGUGUGGACAAAUGGCUGGAAUUUCAGAACAAUACCAAUAUUUCCAAGGAGACUUUUUGCUUUAUGGGUAAUGUCUUCCGCUGGGUAGUGGCCUUCCAGAUGUUGCUGUGUGGCCACUGUCAUUUCUUUGUCUUUAAAUGUCUGAACAUUUUUCUGAUGUGUCUAGUGACUGGCAGGCUUUUGUUUGCCAAUAUAAGAGAUUGAAACGCGAGUUCCUUUUCAUGCAGUAAAAAGAAAACAAAGCCAGAUAAACAACAUGGUCGUGUUUUCCUCUAGUAUAUUUUGACAAAAUGAAUGAGGCUGGAAAGUUUUUACUGCUCACUGAUUGUAUUAUGACAUGAGAGGAUCAUAUUUCAUUCCUCAUGUGCUUUGUUAUGUUUGCAUGUUUGUGGUUUUUGCUGGUCCAUCAAACCUUACAGUUAGCAGAGCAAGAACUAAACCAAUAUGAUCGUUGAGAUACAAAGGAAAACAUCCCAAGUCAUCUUCCUCAACUUGCUUACCCAAACGCAGUCCCUGUCAUCCUGUGCCAAAUAAGCAUAGUCAGUUUUUAAAUUCAAUUAAGAGACUAUGAACGUCGGGACCAACGAAAACCACAGAGAGACCCGUCUGGUGGCUCUCAAGCUUUUUAUCUGCCUGUAAAGCACAUUACAAUUUAUUUAAAUAGAGUACAAGAUAAACACACAGUUUUGAGGGGCACAUCAAGCAAGCGUAGCAGUGAGUGUGCCGACGGGCAUGUCAUGCUAGCUAGUGGUUACGCUCCUUUGGUUGCAGCAGUAUGUUUGGUUUGUCAUUUCUCCAAAAGUGUCUCUCCUUUGCUCUCUUCUCUGUGUCAGCCACCACCCUCCUCAAACUCCCUUUUUUAACCCAUCUUGCAUGUUUUGUAUUCAGUGUCUUAGAUAAGUGACAGCACAGAACGAGGCUGCCAAAACCCCUCAGUGGUGUACUGUACUGCACUGUAGUUCUUGUUUUCACGUCUUACGAGAAUGUAUGUCAAACUGUGAAGAACACACUCACACAAGUGUAUGGUCUGAUUGUAAGUGUUUAUGAAAUAAUGUCACCAAGCCUAAGAAUGUGGACGCCAUGACAGUUGAUGCUAUUAGAGACUAUGAACAGAGUUAGAUUUUGUUCAAAUGAUCGUGGGACUUCAUGCUUAUCUGUCUGUCUUAUGAUGAUGUUAAUAAGUCCAAAAACAACCCGUAACCAAAACGAGUUAUCACCCACCAUG